CAAAUGGCCUAUUUAAGACUUCACGCUUGGCAGGAAAAAGCGGGCAAAAGGAUGUUGCAAAGGAUGCCAAGAAACCUCCAAUCAACCUGCAGGGGAUUAGUUUGAAUUUAAAUGUGGUCAUCUGGCUGGUGUCGCCAUGCAAACGUCACUAAUUACUAGUUGUGGUCUAUGGAUGCCUGUGCUCUUAUGUCUGCUCAUGGCAGGAGGCGGGUAUGCCAACAACUGCACUUCUCGCAGAUGUCUGGCGCAAAUGUUGAUCGACAGAAAUUUAGCCACUCAGCCUCAGCGUGACAACUGCACUCAGUUUAUAUACAUACCACUUGUGGAGUACCAGACCCUCAAAGUCGACACUAAGAAUCUUCGUCUAAGCUGCCGUCUACAGGCCACUGUUGAAUGGGUCGAUGACCAAAUAUACUGGGAUGAGUCCAUUUUCCCGUAUGAUGAGGUCAUUCUGCCUGUAAACAAAGUGUGGACCCCGGAGAUUUACGUGUCCAACGGAGUAUCAGGAGCAACACAGAAUGGCUAUCGUGACCUGCUGGCAUUUCACAACGGCACCUUGAGGCACCGUAUGGUGCUGACAGCAGAGAUCAACUGUGAGUUUAACCUGUUCAACUACCCCUUUGCUGAGGACGAGUGUCCUGUGGUCCUCCAAGCCUGGUCCACUCAAGGAUGCGGUACACAGAUGGAUAUUGGGACGGUGGAUUUGUUUGACAGUAGCCAUGGCGAAUGGGAAUCUUUGGGAGCUUACCUCCACUCUCCAUCUGACGACAGCUUCUACAUCUCGGUGGUGCUGAAAAUCCGACAACAAAACCCCUUCAUUACCCUCCUCCUUCCGAGCAUUCUGCUGAUUUUGGCCGACAUGGUUAGCUUUGCCCUGCCACUGGGAGGCGGCGAGCGCAACUCCUUCAAAGUCACCCUGGCGCUCAGCUUCACCAUGUUCCUCGUCAUCCUCAACGACCAGCUGCCUGGCGACAGCGAGUGCGGCCCCGUGAUCAAAUACCACUUCUGCGUGUGCCUGAUUAUGCUGGUGGUGAGCAUGCUGGCGUCCAUGGUGUUCACGCGCGUGGCCAAGGAUGGCGGCAUCAUCCUCUGUUGUUUUCCUAGAGGAACAAAGUCUGGAAGCACUCAACAGAAAGCUGAUCAGGACGUCAGCGUCAUCCAGGUGAACAACUCAGAGGACAAUCCGAUGCUUAAGAAAGUGGUGGACUUCCUGGAGGACUUUAAGGCCAAGGAUGCGGAGAGUGACAAAAACCAGAAAUACGCCGAUAGACUAGACAAGGCAUUCUUCUGGUUCUAUUUAAUUUUUGGCACGCUGUAUUUCUGUGUUAUGAUCACAGUGAUGGCCAAAUAUAACUGCGAGGUUAACCACUUGGAUUUCUUCUAACCGUUCCCCAAAUUGUUAAAUGCAUGAAUAGACGGUUACAUUAAUUGGAACACCUCUACCACAGUUUAUAUGAGGAAUAAAGCAGGUAGAUAAUAAAACAGCUUUAUUUAUAAUUUAAAUUCUUACUUGUCAUGAAAACAUAAAUCAUGACAUUUUAUGUUGAGCCACCUUUUAGUGUUGGAUUGGCACUUGCAUAAACAAGUGUUUGCCGCCCUCUAGUGGCUGCAACGUUCACUGCAUGCAAAUUGAGCUACAACUGUACUUUGGCUUUCCUUCAUUGCACAAACAUGCUAUGUUCUGUUUAUUUUCCAAUUAAACAACAUCAAUUUAUUUCUGCAGUCUAAAGAAAGUCAAUAGUUUUUAGAACUUUUUAACUUUGCAUUGUGUGUCUUACAAGGAAAAUGUUUAUUCUAAAUGUGCCAUUUUGGGCACCUUUGAUAGGAAAAUCAAGAAAUGCUUGUCAUUUUAAAGGAUAGGGCUUACUUUAAAAAAAAUCAUAUUCAAGAAACUAAAAUAUCACUAGUUCUUUAAUGAAAGAAUGGCCACUCGUAUCAUGCAUACUGGUUUCCUGUUUAUUAUGGAAUUUGUAAAUAAUGCAGAAAUAUGUGACUUUCAUCAACACAUCCAUUUUUCAUCCACCACUUAUUUGGCUUAGAUAUUGGAAAUACAAAUAUAAUUAUUUGCCUCACUACUAGUAGAAAAUAAAUCAAUGUAACGUGUCAGUAGAGGAGCUGAUGUGUUGUAUAAUUGUAGGGCUGCAACAACUAAUCGAUUAAAUCGAUUAUAAAAAUAGUUGCCGAUUAAUUUAGUCAUCGAUUCAUUGGAUCUAUGCUAUGCGCAUGCGC